ACAGUGGACACGUUGGACACCGGCAGUUCUCAAACGGUCAUCAGGAUUGCUCAGUAACACCCACCGUCAUUUUCGAGAAUAAUCAGAUUUCCACGAUUUUCCGGAAUCGGUUUUGUGAUUUUAAACGAUCGCAUUUGAUACUCACAAUGAUCUCCAGUGGACGCGCUGCGAUAUUAAUUUUCGGGCUGGCUCUUCUUGUAACAUCAGGUUCCGCUUUACGAUGCUGGGUUUGCUCGUCCAAUGUAAACGUCAUGUGUAACGAUCCCAUGAAUACCACGGACCACCAAGCUGUAUUCCAUAUUAGCACCUGUGACCCAGGCCAUUAUGGUUCUCCAAAACCUAUUUGCCGUAAAAUCGUCAAACGAGAACACGGUGAGCGAGUUGUGAUACGCCAGUGCUCCAUUCCUUACCACGACGAGAUCGACAUCGUUGAUGGAGCGUGUGGCAGCUCUAUGACGGGGCAAGGACGUGAUGAAUCCUGCCACAUCUGCAGCACCGAUCUGUGCAAUUCUGCGACAACCGCCUCCACGAUGCGACUGCUCUAUGCCGGUGCGCUGACACUCUUCGUCUAUACUUUCUACCAGUCUAAAUACUGCGUUCUUUAACCCUACGAUGGGCGCGAUAAUCGAUAGCUAAUAAAGAGAGAUUCACAUGAUAGUAACUGCGAAUACUUAAUGCUGUCGAUUCUGUGUGACUAACAACUGUCUUGCAAAUGAUCACAAUUUUCUUGGCUCAAUGGUGUUUAAAAAAUAUUUCGCGACAAGUGUAACUAAAGUGAGAAACUUCUUUCGUAUAAUCUUACUCCAUGAUGUGCGAGUAAAAUAUUCUGAGACAAAAAUCAUAAAUGAUAAGCUCGUGAUUUGUGAAUAACAUUGAUUCGUUAAUAUACUGUAAAUAUAAAAUAAAGGACAUAACACACACACAA